GGGUCGGCAGGAGUAUAGUGUAUUUCAUCCAAAAAAUAUAACAAAUGUGUAAUCCAAUAGCAAUUAUGGCAGAAGCUGUUGGUGACUGAUAAGGAAUUAUAAAACAGUCAAAUUUACACAGGCUUUUCAAAAGAUCACAAUCCUGCUAUUGAAGGUGGGUGUCUUCUAGACACUAAAAAGGUGGAGAGAAAUCUCCAUGUGGAGGCCCAGAUUAAACAUCUCCCAUCAAAGUGGAACUCGUCAAAUGUCCUAAGACACCUAAGGCCGUCCCCAGGCGCCCUGACAAUAAAAGGUAACCAGAACACGAGAGAAAUGACUCUGGGAGUACCUUUCACAUUGAAGCUGUGCAGUAGGAAAUUUAUAAUUUGGCAUCUGGCUCAUCCAUUCAUUUCUCAUUGGUGUGGUUCAUGUGUGCUUGCAAAGGUCAGACUUCUGCCCUUCGAAUGUCCUCUCUUCCUCUCCCACAGGGAACACCCACGUGUGGAUCCUUGUUUAAAGGAGAAAGUCCUAGUCCUGAGCUUUUAGUGGAGUGGAUGUCAUCAGGCCUGGGUUUGCAUCCUGCUUUUUACCAUGGCAAGUCAUAUGCGGCCUUAAGCAUUUCUGCUCUUGGUCCAAGCUUCCUGCGUGGGAAUACUGCGGUCCUCCUUUCAGGCAGCUGUGAAUGACAAAACGCUCGCUGGCUGCCGUGACACCCAUUGUCCCGCGAGAGUGCCCUAGCUGGGCCCCACUGCACUCAAGGCGGUGCCUGCUCAGUUGUCCCUCCCACAGGCAGGCGCCGGUGCCGACCAAACGCCCAGGUUCAUCCAGCGCCGGACGCUAGCCCUCAAGCCCCGCGAGGCAGCCGGGGGUGCUGGGGUCCCUGCAGGGCCGGGCCACCGGCCGAGGAGCUCCGACCGCGCCAGAAUUGGAUACGGGUAACCGCGCGCCAUGAGCAGCUCCCUGCGGCCGGUCCCCAGCCGCUGGCGGCGGGCGGCCAGCAUCGUCCUGGCGGCAGGCUGGACGCGCCCAGAGACUGCCACCCCGCCGUCGCGCCCGCCGCCCGCCGAGGGCUUUCGGCUGCUGCUGCUGCAGCGCUCCCCGCACCAAGGCUUCAUGCCGGGCGCGCACGUCUUCCCGGGCGGAGUGCUGGACGCAGCCGACCGCUCGGCGGACUGGCUGGGCCUCUUCGCGCCGCACCAUGGGCCGCCAGGCUUCGGCCUGGGCCCAGCGCCAUUCAGCCGGGCCGCUUUCCCGUCGCCGCCCGACACCGGUGACAGCAACGCCGACAACACUGGGGCGCUGCCUGAGGACGUAGCCUUCCGCAUCUGCGCCGUGCGCGAGGCCUUCGAGGAGGCGGGUGUGCUGCUGCUGCGGCCCAGGACUUCCCCGCCUGGCCCAGCACGGCCCGGCCUCGCCCUGGAGCCGCCCCCUGGCCUGGCAGCCUGGCGCGCCCGCGUGCGCCGGGACCCGCGCCACUUCCUGCGACUGUGCGCCCACCUCGACUGCACGCCAGACAUCUGGGCGCUGCACAACUGGAGCGCAUGGCUCACCCCUUUCUUCCGCAGCGCCACUCGCCGCUUCGACACGGCCUUCUUCCUGUGCUGCCUGCGCGAGCCCCCGCCUGUCUACCCCGACUGGGCGGAGGUGGUGGGCUACCAGUGGUCAUCUCCAUCGGAGACAACUGAAAGUUUCUUAUCAAAAGAAAUUUGGUUGGCACCCCCACAGUUCUACGAAGUGAGAAGACUUGCAAACUUUGCCUCUUUCUCUGACUUGCACAAAUUUUGUUUGGGUCGUGCAUUAGAAGGACUGGAAAGGUGGUUGCCUAUCAUCUUGUUAACUGCUGAUGGGAUGGUCCAUCUUUUACCAGGUGAUGAGCUAUAUUUAGAAGAUUCAGACUUUUUGGAAAAUCUUAUGUCUACUGAAAAAAAGACUGAGGAAAUCAUGAAGGAAGGCAAGCAAUUUCACCGGAUAGUGAUACACAAUCGCCACCUUUAUGAUAUCCAUGUGACUGUUCAGUCAAAGCAUAAGCACGUUUAUCCUAAGAACUCUGUAGUAAGUAAGAGCCAUUUGUAGGGUGCUCAGGCUUGUUGGUAAAAUGGCCUACUUGAAGUCCUCAUGAAUAAUGAGGGCUGAAUUUCAUUUGCUUGAAACUUAAGGAAGUUUGUGCCUAUAAAAGUUACUGCAAUAAAGUAUUUCUUUUUUCUUUUCUAUUUUUUUUUUUUUUUCUGAGACAGAGUCUUGUUCUGUCACCCAGGCUGGAGUGCAGUGGCAUAAUCUCGGCUCACUGCAAGCUCUGCCUCACGGA